CAGACUUGUACGAAUGUGAGGUGUGACUUCAUUGAUUGAUUGCAGUUGGAGCAGUUUCCCGCCCCGUAGUCGCUGAGUAUCACUCGCUCCCAUACUGCACUGGAGCUUGACUGCGCAUGCAGUUACAGUAUCACAACUUGAUAUACACAGCAUCUCGGACCAGACUCGAGACAAUCCCCUUCGACAAGACAGAAGACAUAGUCGACCUCGUUCGGUGUUGUGCAACAUCAACAACCCUGCAGCCUCCUGCUACGCCCGUCGACACCUAAUCUUGGGCAGAAGUCCUGAACCGAGCAUCUCCCAAUAACGAUCCACGCCCACGACGAGACCAUUGUCGCUCGUCGCUCUCUUUUCUGUCUAUAAAACUCCGGCUGCUUGUACCGUUUUCAGAGAUCAGCGUUAUCAACAACCACCGGCAACAUGUCGUCCCACGCGCUCUCGGACGACCAGGUCGCCUCCGAGCUCAAGAAGAUGACGGCGUUCAUCAGACAAGAAGCGCUCGAGAAGGCCCGCGAGAUCGAACUCAAGGCCGAUGAGGAGUUUGCAAUUGAAAAGUCCAAACUGGUGCGCGAGGAGAUCGCGGCCAUUGACGCCGAAUACGAGAAGAAGUUCAAGCAGGCCUCCAUGUCCCAGCAAAUCACACGCUCCACAAUGGCCAACAAGACUCGGAUAAAGGUCCUCAGUGCCCGACAGGAAUUACUGGAUAAGUUGUUCGAGCAGGCCAGGGCAAAACUGGCCGAAGCCGGACCCAAGAGCAAGAACUACGAGGACAUUCUCAAAGGAUUGAUCCUCGAAUGCUUGUACCUCUUAUGUGAGAAGAAGGUCACCAUUCGGUGCCGGAAGGCAGACAAGGAUAAGGUCCAGCGUGCCGCCAAGAAGGCUUCCGCCGAGUACAAGGAGAAGAUGGGCAGCGAUGUUGAAGCUGUGGUGGACGAGAAUGAGUGGCUGCCGGAAGAAUCAGCCGGCGGAGUCUUCGUCAUUGGUGGUAACGGCAAGAUUGAGUUGAACAACACCUUCGAGGAGAGAUUGCGCAUGUGCGAGACCGAAGCACUUCCCAGCCUCAGAGCCACGCUGUUCGGCGAGAACAAGAACAGGAAAUUCCACGAUUAAACAGAACAGAGUCCCCCAAUUACAUGCAAUGGAGUUAAGUGUAUGGUAGUGUCUACUUAGUAGUGUGGGAGCUUUGUCUAUUGCAUCCCUUCACAGCAGAAGCAGCAAGGCGGAUCUUUGGUAGAGGAAGGGCCGGGAAGCAGGGGAGACCCCCGAUAUAAGGAGGCAAUUCGUAUUUCAUCAGUACAAUCAUCAAAGUCUGGGCUUACAUUGCCAGUCUGUACAAAACUCCUUCACACCG